UCUGCUCCCUUUGUGUCCUGCCAGGAAACAAGCUCCCAUCACUGCUGGAACCCAUUAAGGCACAGGAUGAGUCUGCAGUGGACUGCAGUUGCCACCUUCCUCUACGCAGAGGUCUUUGCUGUGUUGCUCCUCUGCAUUCCCUUCAUUUCUCCCAAAAGAUGGCAGAAGAUUUUCAAAUCCCGGCUGGUGGAGUUGGUAGUGACCUAUGGCAACACCUUCUUCGUGGUUCUUAUCGUCAUACUUGUGCUGUUGGUCAUUGAUGCUGUACGUGAGAUCCGGAAAUAUGAUGAUGUGACAGAAAAGGUGAACCUCCAGAACAAUCCGGGUGCCAUGGAGCACUUCCACAUGAAGCUUUUCCGUGCUCAGAGGAAUCUCUAUAUUGCUGGCUUUUCCUUGCUGCUGUCCUUCCUGCUUAGACGCCUGGUGACUCUCAUCUCCCAGCAGGCCACACUGCUGGCCUCCAAUGAAGCCUUUAAAAAGCAGGCAGAAAGUGCCAGCGAGGCGGCCAAGAAAUACAUGGAGGAAAAUGACCAGCUAAAGAAGGGAGCUGCUGAGGAAGGAGGCAAGUUGGACGUGGAGAGUGCUGAGGUGAGGUUACAGGAGAACCAGAGCCUGAAGAAUGACCUGAAGAAGCUAAAGGACGAGCUGGCCAGCACCCAGAAAAAACUUGAGAAAGCUGAAAACGAGGCUCUGGCCAUGCAGAAACAGUCCGAGGGCCUUACCAAGGAGUAUGACCGCCUUCUGGAAGAGCAUGCCAAGCUGCAGGCCUCAGUACAAGGUCCCUCAGACAAGAAGGAGGAGUAAUAGCUCAUCCCCCCCCUGCCCCGCC